CGUGGGUGAAUGGUAUUAUGUCGGAUUCGCAAAUAAAUAACCCCAUGCACAGUGCGACGAUUUGGUACAGCAGUUAUAAUUGAAAAACGGUGGGGAAAUAAGAAAUGGACUAAAUUCAGACAACGCGAAGAGUCAAAUACUGUACACGGGACAAUGGAAUUUCGCCCAAUGGAAUAUGUCAUGGCAGUCUGAGGAUGCAACGAAGCUGGAGAACUAUCUUGGCGCUCCGUGGUAGCCACCGGAUUCGUGGUUAAUGAAACGUAGCUCGUUUCAAACGCAGUUUUACCGUCUUAUUACAUGCGAGACAGCGCAUAGAGUUUUUGCGAUUGCGAACUGGGUGUUAGUUCAUUGCACUCACUGAAGUGUUUGUUUCAAGGUUAGCUAUGUCUAUUGGACCCUGCUGUUAGCGUGGAUACUACAGCCAAUGGGUUGGUGCGAGAUCCCGGCUGUCGUCCCCAAGCGAUACCGGGGAUUCGCGGCCUUGAGCACUGUGAUUUAAACAGGUAGGAUAGCCAGUUAGCUUGUUGGUAGGGAGCAAGAGUAUUUUUCAAAGGAUUCUGCUGCACCCCUGUUUUAUAGGGUGCUAAUUAUUGCUUCAGUCAGAUAUAUUUUUCGGAUUUCGAGAUAGCACAAUUAGCAUAUCCUAACGUUCGCACUGGUUUUAUUUGAGACUGGCUAAUAGUGGCCACUUGAUAUUAUUAGCAGUAUGGUUAAUAUAUUGUGUUAACCCAGACUGGUUGCUAGUUGAAGCUGCAGCACAGAGAGUGGUCAUGUGCUUCCUCUACUGACAUUUAUACAUCGGUGAUACUUGCUUUUCCAAGCCCGAAAGAAAUAGAGAACACUUUACAUGAAACACUGGAUUGACCAGAUGUAAAACUGUGACUUAGCUGCCCUUAUGAAAGUGAAAGCUAGCUUACUUCCUGACUUGCAUCAUACGCACUAUGUUUGACUCGUAAAAAUUGUAAAAUCCUGUACGUUUGUUUGUUUUAGUUGUGUAACUGACCACUGUAUACUUGACUGAUGCAGCCACUGUAGCUAAUAUACUGACCUAGUCGCAAAUUCUGUUAGGCUUCAGUUGUUGUUCCAAAGGGAUAUGAAGAUAAAUGCGAAAGGUUUAAGCCUAGCACUACUGAAGACUGAACACUAAGAUGAAAAUUAGUUUGUGAAAUGAGUUAUAUUAACCCGUUUGUUCUUUUAAAUUCUUAAUGCCACUAUAUACGUUGUAUACAAGCAACAGAAGGAAUUGGAUGGUUAUAUUGCACAGGGUUUGUAGUUUAAAUAGGCCCGUUAGCCUUCACGUGUGGAACCCACAAUUGCUUCCAAAGGAAAGAUGAAGAGGAGGACUUGCCUUGUGUCCCAAGUGGAACCGUGACUACGCUUGUUGAGAAAGGACAUCCUCUAUUGAAUAAACAGACAAAACGCGAGAGAGAGAGGGAGAGGUGCUGGAAUUGAUCCUAAAGGCUAAAGAGACAAUGAACGGCUGAAUUCCCAACCCCGCAGAUAGAAAGACAAACGGCCACAUCUCUGAGGGUUAGCAACCAUGAGUGUCCGUCCUCCAACCUCGACGCUGGACAGGCUGAGCAGUUUGUCUAUAGGAGACUCGGAGCGCAAGGCCGCGGUUAGCCAGCAGAGGGAGACACCACCGGAUCUCACCACGGAGACCACAGGUCCGGGCCUGGUGGAUCGGUGUGUGGUGGUGCAGAGGGAUAAUCUAGGCUUUGGUUUCACUGUGUGUGGAGAGAGGAUCAAACUGGUGCAGAACGUCCGACCGGGUGGUGCAGCCAUGAAGGCUGGGGUGCAUGAGGGGGACAGGAUUUUGAAGGUCAAUGGCUCGCUUGUCUCGUCCAUGUCUCACCAGGAAGUGGUAAAGUUGAUAAAGUCUGGGACAUACGUGUCAUUGACACUGAAGGGUCCUCCUCCAACGGUGGCAUCUGUCCCUCUUCAGCCCCUCUCCACUGACCUCGUACCCAAUCACAGGACGGCACUGGGCGGCGACACCCCUCCCCCUCCCCCUCCCCCUUUACCCUCUUCUGUCACCAGCACGCCAUCCCAGAGAAUCACAGGACCCAAACCACUACAGGACCCCGAGGUACAGAAACACGCCUCACAGAUUCUCAGGAAAAUGUUACAGCAAGAGGAAGCUGAGCUCCAGGAUCUGCUGGAGGAGCAGCUACGAAAUCCCUCCCCUUCUCUGGAAGAGCGAAUCGGAAGCGCCAAGAGGCGGGCUCAUCAAGUCAGAGUUAAAAUUCAGCAAGAGCUAGAUGGAACAAGGUCGGAAACAGUGACCAAUUAUCGCACUGCUGGAGAAGGAUGGAUAUCAUUGGAUUCGAGUGAAGGAGAUUUUGAGGCUUGCGAGAGUCCUUUCUCUUCCCCGUACUCCUCCCUCAGAACCCCACGACACCAGAAACAUGGAUCUGAUGCGUUCGCCCCUUCGGAUUCGGGAGGAAAGGCCCAGAUUAUAGGCCCAGAGGAAGAGGAGGAAGAUGAUGACGGGUAUACAAUCAAUGAGAUGGAUGGGCCAUUUCAGGACAUUGAGCUGCUGAAAUCUCGGCCAGCCCACAUGACCGUCUUUAUGAGAUAUGUGUUUAGUCAGCUCCUGGACCCCAGUCCUCUGCUCUUCUACCUGUCUGUAGAGGUGUAUUUGGGCUCCAGCCCUAAAGACGCCCGCGCCCUUGCUCCCCAGAUCUGCUCUCAUUUCCUGGAUCCAGAUGCGCCUCUGAAGAUUAAAGUGAGAGAGGAAUACCUGUCUGACAUAGAGAGUCGUCUCCAUGCUCAGGAGGACAUCAGAGGGCCUUUGUCAGAGUUACAGCAGCAGGUGCUUCCAGAGAUACAGGACCAAAUCCAGGACUACAGGAAUAAACAGAUGAUGGGUCUGGGCUCCCUGUUCGGAGAGAGUGACCUGCAGCAGUUGGAUGGAGACCCAGUGAAGGAGAGACAGGUGGUGGACAAACAGGUCACUGCGCUGUGGGAGAUCCUCUCUAAACAUGAAGAGGAGAAGAGUUCUCCGUCAGCGUCUGCGGUGCAUCUGUAUUUGCGUCAUUCUGGGAUAAAGCUGAGAGAUUCCCGCGUCUUCCCAGGGCUGAACACGGAGAAAGAGAAGUGGCUUCCUUUCUUCCCCAAGACCAAGAAGCUCAGUAGCACGAAGAAAGAAAAAGAGAAAGAUGGAGAAGACAAGAGGAGAAACCCCAUCCUGAAGUACAUAGGCAAACCCAGGGGCACUCAGUCUCAGUCCACGUUCCAUGUCCCGUUGUCCCCUCCUGAAGUCCGGCCAGGCAGCGUGAGGAAUAUCAUUCAGCAGUUUGAGAAUCACUCUGAUUCAGUAGAGGAGGGAGACAGUGAAGGCCAGAGACACUCCUCCAGCAGCCUGGGGGAGGACAGCAUGGACUGUCCUACUGUGUCGGUGCGUCUGGCUCGCAGCGAGUCUUUGAAGGCCCAGGGCGAGGGUCGUCGCCGUGGCGGCGGGACGGGGGCGGAGACCGUGCCCCGUUCCCGUAGUGAUGUGGAUAUGGAGGACUGUGGGGAUGACAGAGAUGGACCAGCACUCCGGUCUCUCCAACACAGCACAUCCUCAUCCGCGUCCAGCAGCUCAGCGCGAUCACUGGAGAACCCCACUCCCCCCUACACUCCUCGCUCCAGACGCAGAAGUGUGGAGUGUCCCGUGCCUCUGUGGCCAGAUGCUCCUGCUCUGGAGGAGGACAUGGUUGACUCGCCUCACAACUGGCAGGAAACAGUCGGAUCCCAGAUACUUGCCUCACUCAGCCCGCGAGAGAUCGAACGACAGGCUGUUAUUUAUGAACUCUUCACCACAGAGGCGUCUCACGUGCGGACUCUGCGGGUGCUGGACAAGGUGUUCGUCCAAAAAAUGAGGAGUGUUUUGAGUUCUGAGGAGCUAGCGUGUAUAUUCCAUAACCUGCCGCAGGUCUACGACCUCCACGUAAAUAUAUAUGAAUCCAUGAAGAAGUUGAGAGAAUCGCCCGUCGUUCCGUGCAUUGGGAAAACGAUGUUGGACAGAUUUGACGGCUCUGCAGGGGAGGAAUUUCAGGAGCAGGUAUCUCAACUGUGCAGUCAGCUGAGUCAAGCUCUUGAGCUCAUCAAGAAUAAGCAGCGUAAAGAUCCUCGCUUCGCUCACAUUAUACAGGAGUGUGAGGCCAGUCCUCACUGUCGCAGGCUUCAGCUUAAGGACCUGCUUGUGUCUGAGAUGCUGAGACUCACCAAAUACCCACUGCUCUUAGACAACAUCAUUAAAUACACUGAGGCUGACUCUUCAGACCUCCAGCCCCUUCAGCAGGCUCAGGCCUGUUGCCGUAGGAUACUGCAGGUGGUCAAUGAGGUUGUCAGGGAAACGGAACACAGGCACCACCUCAGCCAAUACCAGCGAAGACUGGACUUGUCAGCCUUAGACAGGCAUUCUAAUCCACAAUUUGCACAGUUUAAGAAUUUGGAUCUAACCACUAAGAGAAUGAUCCAUGAAGGACCCCUCACCUGGAAAGUCAGUAAAGACAAAACCAUAGACGUCCAUGCUCUGCUGCUGUCCGACCUGCUGGUCCUGCCACAGAAAGGUCCAGACGACCGGUUGGUUCUGCGCUGUCCGUCUCGUUGGUUGGGUGGGGCGGGAGGGGGCAGCACAGACAUGAAGACGUCCCUCUGCCCCGUGUUACAGCUGGACAGUCUACUGGUCCGAUCUGUCGCCACAGACAAUAAGGCUCUGUAUGUGAUCAGUACGUCUGAGAGACAGAUCUAUGAGUUGGUGGCUGGGAGUGCCUCCGAAAAAAACACUUGGAAGGACCUGCUGGAUAAGACAAUCACGUCGGCUACUGGGGGAGCAGGGCCAGCCAAGCAAAGUUCACCAGCUCCCUCGUCUGACCUCCGAUCACCUGAGAAUCAUGUGAACCGCUUAGAGGGGCCGCUGACGGAGGGGUCGGAGUCUAUGGGGAGGGACACAGCUAGCGACGAGGACAGUGCUAUCACACCCACAACUCCGACAGACCAAUCGGGAGCUUACCUUCAUGGAGAGGGGCUGGACUAUGGAGGAGAGGGUGGAGUUGCUGAUGCAGCUCUUCAUGAUGUGGAGACCCUCAGACAACUAAUUUUCAGAGAUAUAGAAGAUGGAUGGAGUCAAGAUUCCGAUGACACGCCCACUAACGAGACAGCCAAUGAGCGGAGUCCUUUUUCAAACAGACUGGAAGCAGAGGCAUCUGAAUCCGCCUCUGGCGAAAGCCCAAGCCAGUGGGGAGAGGAUGAAACAGAUGCUCCGUCCUCGGAGGCGGAGCAAAGCAGUGUUCAGGUCGUGAGGAAAGGGAACAUGUUUUACUUGGUGAUGCCCAAAGAGACGGGUGGAUCGCUGACAGAUGAGAGCUCCACGGACGAGGUGCAGGACGCGAGUGCGUCCAAUGAGACGCAGGAGUCUAAGGACACGACGUCAUCUCCCUCACAGGGAGAGGGAGAGGAGACGCCCUGCUUGUCUCCAGCUGAGCAAUCACAGUCUGCAGGGAUUAGCCAAUCACCAGCCAGGAUCCAUGUGAUCAAGAACGUUGAUGAGAUCUUUCAUACAAUGGAGCGGCUGAUGAGUAAACUGCAUCAGCUCAGGGAUAUUGAGACUGCACACUGUCAGCUUCUGAAAUCUUUGAGAGAGGCACCUGUCAAUCACGUGCCUGAUGGCCUCUCCAGGACUCCGCCCACAGUGGUCAAGACGCCGUCAGUGGAUCGAGGAUCAGGUGAUGGGAAGGAAGGAUGUCCAUCAGACCUAGCUCAGCCAGAGAUCCAAUCAACGGGAUUCUGACAGUUUCCAUAGAGACUUGUUUAAGGACCUUAUAAUCAUCCUUACACACACACACACACACUCACUCGUGCACCCCCCCACACACACAAACACGCGCGUGCAAAUAUCCCAGCACUCUGGUUACCCUUCUAUGCCACUCAGCCCUUUCCCAGCAUGCCUUGUUCCUGGGUGUAAACUCACGGGAGAAUCGUUUGUGUGUCGUACGUGUUUAUACCAAGUUCGGGUAAUCAGGAUGAGAUACAGAGCAGAUGAUCUCUCAGCCAGUGUCACUGAGCGAAACAGAGCGAGAGGGAGAGAAUUUGAGAACGACCCCCGAGAAAGAAGGAAGUAUUCAUGGAAUUUGGAGAGGAGAUAAAAAACAAGGGAAGGGAAUUGGAAAUGUGGAAGCGUUGAUGGAGAAGAAAAGUUGCCGAAAGAGUUGCGUGAUUACAUCCGACCGAACGUUGUCAGUAAAAAGGACAUAAUUUUAGUUGAAAAUAGAGAGAAUAUCAAGAGCGGGUAAAAGAAAAAAUAAAUAAACACGUGAAAAGGUGUGUGAGGAAACGGCUGAGGAAAUGAAUCUGAUCUUUGAAGGAUCCCCUAGCACUUUACCCUCAAGCUAUCUGUACUCUUGUAAUUCCACAGCUUGUUUGUAAAAUGUCAUGGUAUUCACUGGGUGCCAUUUUGGCUCCUGUCUCAUUUGUGUGUCAAUAUUAUGCACCUCCAGUUUGAGCCAAGAUGGUGGUCUCAGCUGUCGGUUGCCUUAGGGUAUAUGCCUGCUGUAGCUACGGAUGACUUUGAAAAUUCAGGUUUCUUUGCACUGGGCCCUCAGAGAAAGGCAAGGGUCAUAAAUCGUAAAUAGGGAUGUCUUGCAAAAGUAGCAUUUCUUCACGUCACGUAAAUCUCCUACAGUUAACACUAAGCAGGAAAAAA